AUGAGUCUAAUAUAUAAACACCAUCUAAUUUUACCUGAAUUCAAACUAAAUGAAACAAUUCCUUUUUAAAACCCUUAAUCUAAAAAUAUGACUACUUAUAGAUCAUCUCAAAAGAACCAUUCAAAUUAAAGAGUAAACUAAGAAAAAAAUGCUCCACAUGAAGAAUCAUAAGUUGAAAACGCUGAUUAUAAUUAACCUACUUAGAGAAAAAUUAGUCCAAAUGAUAAACAAAAACUUCCAUAAUUAAUUGUUAGAACAGCAGCAUCAGAUGAAAAAACAAUUAAAAAUUAUUUAGAUCAUCUUAAUACAUUACGAUCUCAAAAAAAUACAUAAAAAUAAACGAAAUUCAAAAAAGUUAGAACAGAAACAGAAAUUGUUUAAUAUGGAGACAUGAAAUUUAAAAGAGUAAAAGAUAAUGCAUCAAAAAAAUCAAUUGGUGCGUUCAUUAAUAUUUAAAACCCUUAAUUGAAAUCAUAUAUCAGAUUCAGUUAACAAAUUUAUUAACUGACUGAAAAUCUUCACAAAUUAAAAGUAAUUGCAUAUUUUAUAAUAGGAAUAUAUUAACAAUGAUAGAAAAUUACUUUAAGUUGUUAAGUAACUUAUUGGAUUAAAAAAGAACCUUCGUAAAGUAUUAUUAAAAUAAAAUGGAGACGAAUUAGUUGAUUUUCAAGAAAUAACUAAACUAUGUUGUGUUAGAGAAAUUCAAUAUGUUUUUGGUGAAUAAAAAGUAAUUGAUAAAUUUGAUUUAACAUUAUUUGAUGAUUUAGUGUAUUUAACAGACACAAUAGGAAAUCUAUUGUUAUAAAAUAAGAUUUAAUCAAUCAAUCGCAUAAAUGAAAACGUAAUCUUUAAUAAAAUAUCAGAUAAUUAAAGAAGCAGAAUAAAUCUAAAAGAUAUAAUUACAUUUAGGCAUGGCUGACGAAGAGUAAAAAUUAUCUGUGUAAACUUUACCAAUGAAAAGAUUUAAUAUGCAUGAUGAAAUUGAAUAAUUUGAAUAGAAACUUGGUCCCAUGCAAUUUAUAUCCAAACAAGCCAGAUAGACAUCAAUGGUUUUAAGCAAAGUUAUUAAUGGUUUAAAUGAUUGA